AUGCCGAAACAACUAUCGGGCUUCACUGAGUUCACCCCAAGCAAGGACAUCCCUUCUCUCAGUGGGAAAGUCAUUUUUAUUACAGGCGGCACUGCGGGUGUGGGAAAGAGUACUCUAGAGCAAUUAGCACAGCAUCAGCCAGCUCAUAUAUACUUCACUGGCCGAAAUCAAUCUGCUGCUAAGCAAGUAGUCAGCCUUGUCAAGGCUGCUCAGCCGAACAUUUCCAUUACAUUCAUUCAAAUGGACCUCUCCUCCCUCGCAUCUGUCAAAUCAGCUGUUCCUCAAUUCGCCCACGAUCGCCUGGACGUAUUGAUAUGCAACGGUGGCAUUAUGGACGUCCCUCCCGCUGUCAGCGUGGAUGGGUUUGAGAUUCAUAUGGCCACCAAUCAUCUUGGACACGCCUUGCUCAUUGAUAGGCUCCUACCUGUGAUGCUCCAAACCGCGUCUCUUCCACAGACAGACGUGCGAAUCAUCAUACUCAGCUCUGCAGGAUUUAUACUCCACCCAAAGGACGGACUCGCUUGGGACAAAUUAUCAUCAGCCCAGAGCGGGUUCGUGGAGUCCAUGACAAGAUACGGCCAAAGUAAACUUGCAAACCUUGUAUAUGCGGCCGAGCUUGCACGCCGAUAUCCUCAAAUACUCAGUGUUUCUGCUCACCCCGGGUUUGUUGCCACGAACUUAAUCCACAAUUCCUCCGCUCUGGCCAAGCUUUACUCAUAUGGGAGGCACUGGCUGAGAGGGGAAUCUAUCCUUUUGCCACACCAGGGAGCUUUAAAUUCAUUAUGGGUGGCAGCUGGGGCGAAGCGGAACAACCUUGUGAAUGGUGCAUACUACGAGCCAGUUGGUGUUCUUCGAAAGCCGGAUGGCCUCCCGUCCAGUGAGGAAUUUGCCAAGCGAGUGUGGGUUUGGACGGACGGCGUUUUGGCUAACUUUCGCUAA